UACUUGACUGCAUAUUAUAUACAAUCCUCCAUGGAAAUGCCCAUUUCAUCUGUUCUAAUGUUUUACUUUUCUUCCAACACAGGGAUCCCACAUACCCCAGCUGUGCCUCCUCAGAUCUGUACAACACUGAUUCGGACUAUCCAAAAAUUUCAACUGUUCCAGCUGUCACAGAAAAGAACUGGGUUCAGCUGAAUGUCAGGAUGCAAGUAGUAACUAUUAUAUUACUACUUCUUCUUUGUAAUGCAUCUGACUGUAGGAGGACAAGAAAUAGGAGUUUGAGAAACAAUGAAAGGGAAAAUAUCUUAAGGAGAGCAUCAGGCACUGUUAAGCGCAAUGCCCGAGGCCUAACAUGUGAUAUUUACACUUAUCUUCAUGAGAAAUACUUAGAUUGUCAGGAAAGAAAGUUGGUUUUUCUGGCACCUGAUUGGCCAGAGGAUAUAAAACACAUGUUGUUAGCAAGAAACAGGAUUCGUAAAUUAAAGAACAAUAUGUUUUCCAAGUAUAAAGUACUGAAAAGUCUGGAUUUACAACAGAAUGACAUAUCAAAAAUUGAGAGUGAGGCCUUUUAUGGUUUGGAUAAACUUACCACACUUUUACUUCAGCAUAACCAAAUUAAGAUUUUAUCUGAGGAGAUUUUUAUUUAUACUCCCAGUCUAAACUACCUACGACUCUAUGACAAUCCCUGGCACUGCAGCUGUGAACUGGAAACUCUUGUUACAAUGCUACAGGUUCCAACAAACAGGAAUUUGGGAAAUUAUGCCAAAUGUGUGCACCCAAUAGAACUGAAAAAUCAAAAGUUAAAGCAGAUAAAAGCUGACCAGCUAUGUAGUGAAGAGGACAGGCAGGAUCCCAAAAACAUAAAAAGGGAGAAGCCUGAACCUGUCAAACCAGAAUUUGAUUCCUCUUUGUGCCACAUGUAUGUGUUUCCUGUGACAACUCUGAACUGCAAAAGAAAAGAUUUAAAGAAAGUUCCAGGAAAUAUACCUCCAGAUAUAGCUAAACUUGAUUUGUCCAACAACAAAAUUAGACAGCUACGAGCCAAGGAGUUUGAAGAUGUCAGUGAACUGAAGAUAUUAAAUCUAAACAGUAAUGGAAUAGCAUACAUUGAUCCUGCUGCUUUUUCAGGCCUCAAUAACUUAGAGGAGCUGGAUCUAUCAAACAACAGCUUGCAGAAUUUUGAAUAUGGAGUACUGGAAGAUCUUUACUUUCUGAAAAUACUGUGGCUGAGAGAGAAUCCUUGGAGAUGUGAUUAUAACAUACAUUAUCUUUUCUACUGGCUGAAGCAUCACUACAAUGUUCACUACAAUGGCCUAGAGUGCAAAAUGCCUGAGGAAUACAAAGGAUGGUCUGUUGGAAAAUAUGUUCGAAGUUAUUAUGAGGAGUGCCCAAAAGACAAGCUUCCCAUUUAUCCAGAAACUUUUGAUCUGGACAAAGAUGACGAGGAAUGGGAACGACACAAAGAGCAAACAGUUCAGACAGUAAAGAAGCAAGGUGUAAUUGUCACCGUGAUAGGCUAA